AAUCCGUACUACGCAUGCGCGAAUUGCUCACAACUUGGGUAUCACCCAGAGAAAGUCAGUAUUGACGUAAUUUUACAAAUAUUUUGGAUUUUUCAGUAACCAUGACACCACAUUUGACUCACAGAUGAUGAAGCGUAUAACGUUUAAAAGUGUAAAGCUUUCGUUACACCGUCACCGACGAAGUUCGCCCGAAGAUGGAACUGGAAUGGUGGAUGGAGAUGCAACAUCUGAAACCAACACUUCAGCACCCCCAGAAUCCAGUCACGAGGUGAGGAAAAAAGAGAAGAUAGGGCUGCUAAAGAGUUUCAAACGCCGUCUGACGACGAACCUCCGCCGUAAAAGUGAUGACGGCCACGAGAGUGAUCACAUUGAGGACCAUUACAUGACUGUGCCUUCAAAGCGUGACACGAAAAAACGCAAGAAUAAAUGGAAGCCUCCUGACCACUCUUCCAAGUCCAACUCGUCGUCUCAUAGUUGUGAUAGCCUAGACCUGAAUAUUACCUCAAACAGUUUCCAAAAACUGUGUGACAUACAGAACAAUACUGAUGCGUAUGAUGUGAAUGUGAAAAAAGACAAAGCAAGCUGCAAGACUAAAGAUAUGGCUCGAUUUCAAGUGACAGAAAAAUGUAAGAAUGAUCAGCUACCGAAGGAAUGUGUCGUAAAAAAUGGUAGUUUGAAAGAGAGUAAUGUUUGUCCAGAGAAAAUGCCUUUCCCAUAUCUGGAAACCAGAACUGAGGUGACAAGAGCCCCAACUUUUACUGAUUGUGAUGAGGAACGAGAGGCACCGAAAGUCUGGAACUUGACACAGGAACUAUUUAGACUGUCAAAGUUUGGAUGGUACUGGGGCCCUAUAACACGAGUGGAGGCAGAGGAUAAACUUGCCAAUCAACAAAACGGUGCUUUCCUUGUUCGGGACAGUUCAGAUGAACGAUACCUUCUAAGUUUAAGUUUUAGAUCUUAUGGCCGGACAUGGCACACACGCAUCGAACAUUGCAAUGGAAUGUUUAGCUUUUAUGCUCAGCCAGAAACAGAGGGGUACCCCUCUAUAGUGGACUUGAUAGAACAUUCAAUGAAUGACUCUCAAACGGGCAUUUUCUGUUAUUCACGAUCAAGGUCCCCUGGUGCUCCAUCAUUCCCUGUGCGGCUGACAAAACCUGUUUCACGAUUUACUCAAGUGCGUUCUCUACAGUAUUUAUGUCGUUUUGUUAUUCGCCAGUACACUCGCUAUGACCAUAUUCAGCAGCUUCCUCUUCCAAAGAAAAUAAAAGGGUGGAUCGAAGAAAAUCAGUACUAGAAAAGGUGCCAGAUACAUGUAUAUGUAUACAUUCAUAUGUUUAUUGAUUAAAUUUGUUGUUUUGAAAACAAAUUAAGAAUUUCCCGGUUCUCAUAUAUGUUAGCAAAAUGUUGAAUUGUCUGAGGUUUGUAAAUAUACUGUGUUUUAACUUUUAUGGAAUUACCUCCUCCUAUAAAGAACGGCUCAAUAUUUGCCUUUUAAUAUUUAUUAUCUUGUACAUUUCAUUAUAUAUUGAGUAUCAUCAGUUUUCUACCUUUGUUUUAUUUUCCUUGUGAUCGAUAGUGAAUUUGUCAAAUUCAUUUUGAACACAAUUUCUGCAUUUGGAUGACUGGCAAAUUUCAUUUUCAUUUUAAUAUCUGCUUAUUUAAGCAUAAUAUUUUCUUAAUGUUGACUUGAUAAUGAUCUGAUUUUUUGAAAAAAAGUAUUUAGAGCAGUUAAUUUUCUAUGCUGUGCAUGUAUAUUUAUGACUGUUAGACUACAACGAGUAAAAUUGGUAUAUCAUUCAUCACUCAUUUGCUUUGAUAAAGGGUACACACAGUCUGGCAUUACAUUUUGUUUUGAUGAUUUAGUUAUUGCAAGCAAUUAAUACAAUUAUUAUUCCAAAUGGCAAAAGAAGUUUUUCACUUUGUACACUGAAGCACAGUACGUGUUUUGCAUUUAAUUUUUCUUUGCUUUUGUAAACUCUGUAUACAAAUGGUUGUCAGAAUCUGUGAGGUAGUUUUGAGACAUAGUCAAGACAGAUUUAUGUGUGAUUUGGCACAUAUGAGACUACAUCUAUUUUCGUAUAAUUUAAUACAGUAUACCCAAAAUGCCCAAGAAAAAAAAACUUUUUUUAUAUAUCUUUCUCAUGAUUAUAGUAAAUUAUUACAAAUCAAUAUACUUGUACUAGUAUUAUCAAAUCUUAAUCAUUAUUGAAAAAAAUCUUUCGUAGUUUCGUAUGUGUUGUGUGUGAAACAAAACUUGAAGAAGGAAUUGGACAGGGAUAAUUUUGGAGGGGGGGGGCUUAAAUUUGUAGACGAUAUUUAUUAAAAAAAAAAUAAAAUGGAUGAAUGAAUUGGACAAUAGGCAUUGCCUAUUUGUAUUUGUAUGCAAAAAUUUUAUAUUAAAGACUAUAAAAACUGGGGAAAGGAAAAUAAACACUUGAGCACAUGAUGCUUAAUUUUAUCAGACUUUUACACAAAGCAAACCAUUUUGAUCUAAAAUAUUAUUUUACACAUGAAUUUGUUAUGUAUUUCAUUUUAAACGAAAAAUAUAUUUGUACUUUUAAGCUUUUUUUCUUGAUGUGUAUGGAAAAACUGUAGUUCAAUGUAAUGUGAAACAUUGUGAUGGACUAUGUUAACUUAUGGUUGUAAUGACGGUAGUAUGAUUUGUCGGGAAGAUCACAGCUUCAGGCCUAGAAGUGUCAUUGAAGCAUUUGUUAUAUAAACUUAGCUUUAUUCCUAGCGUUACUAUAUACUUUUGUUUUUACUUCAUGUUGUCAGAAGUUUUUCAGUUGUUUUUUUUUUGUAUGCAAAUGUUACUAACAGUAAGAUGUUUUGACCCCUGGGUCAAAAACAGGGUCUCAGUGCUUUAGACUCUCUAUUAUGAUUAUAAUCUGUAUUUAUGCUGGUGUGCAAUAUCUUCUAUUCUGAGUACUAAGGUGCUGUUAUUUACCCAUUAUUAUAUUUAGCAAACAUCUGUGUGCAAUAGUGGCUACAUGUUGGACAAUUAUUACUUUUAUUCAUUUAUGAAUAUUUUACUCACAAACCUUUUUCAACCUAAAAUAAACAAUUCAAGUUUGAUUGAUUGGCCAAGACUGAAGUUUAAUUUGAUACAUUGGGUUUUAAACUAAAACUAAAGGAAGACUACCUGGAAAAAAUUCUGAAUUUUGAUGAAAUUCCAAGGAAAUGUUUUGACAAAUCCGAAACACCUACAUCCCAUGGACAUACUUACUCUUAAAGAUUAAAGGAAAUUCACCAAAAAGAGAAAUUAAAACUUCUUUAGAAAUGUCUUUUUACUUAAAUUUAAGUAGAUAAUUUUUUUUCAACAGAAAUCAUACAGUACAAACUUUAAACAUGAUAUACAUAUACCACCAUUCAUCAUCAUCAUGAAACUGCAGCAAAGGGCCACCUCAUUAUUUUGAAUAAGAAUUUGGCAAGUCUAGGUAUUAGAAAAGACCAUAUUUAGGCUGUUUAAGCUUUGUUUUGAUUAUACAUCUCAUUAUCAGACAAUAUUUGUAUUUUGAAGUCUGUGAUUUUACAUCUUUUUGUAUACUAUAAAUAUUCUUCUUUGGGAUUAUUAUUUACAAAUUUGUAUCUUACUAUGGGGUACAUUUUAUGAUUUGGCUUCAUUUUCUUAUCAAACGUGAUCAAGUUAUGAAAUCUGCCUCUUAAUAUGGCGAUCACAGAAAGACCAUAUUUGUUAGUCAACUUUGAGAAUCAUUAGACAGAUUAACGGAGGCAUUUUCUUUUAUUUUUUUUAAUUGGUUGGUGUAGUAUUACGAAGCUAUUUUUAGGUUGUUAAUUUAGCAUAUCACAGUGCUUGUACUUCUAAGAGGAGAAUAAGAAUUAUAAUGUCAUCAUCUCAGACUGAUGUUCACCCUCAUUUUGUCACCACUACAGAGAGUCAACUUGUUUUAUUACUAUCUGACCAGGGCAACUUUACCUUUUAACAUCUUUUUAGAAAAAUUUCUAAUCAAUUGUUUCUAAAUUUUCCUAAAAGUAUGUUAAGAUUCUUGAUGUCAUAUGUAAAAAAGAAUGUUUACAAAUUACUGUCAAAUAAAGAUAAUUCACUGGAAAGACUAGGCCAAUUGAAAAGAAAAUUGGGGUGGAAGAUGUCCGUAGAUGAAAGCAGCAGCUCUGACAAUAUUAGUGAUAAAUCAGGCCUGGCCUCUGUAGUGCGUGUGUAGAACAGGUAUCACAGAUACUGUAGUGAACAGCUGCUUCUUUUCAUCACUUUGUCAUGUUUUAGCUGUGAAAGUUCUAUUAACUUUCAUUAAGUAUUGCAUAUUAAGAUUUUGAAACAGCUGAUUAGGUUGCUAUUAAUAAAUGUGCAAAUCCACAAA